AUGCGAGAACGCGAACGUCCCGCCCGCAAGGCCAAACUCUCAUCCGCUACCCCACUAUCCACCGGCAAGGCGACAGGCACGCCUUCGACCCUCGACGCCCGCACCAGAGCCUCUCGCUCCUCCAUACCAAACAGCUCCGACUUAGAAGACGACGACUCGGUCAUUGAGGUUCUGCCGAGCAAACCACUGGUUCGACGUCUGCUGAAGGAGGUUGCCAUACCCGCUAAGAAAAUGACUCCCGUCAAAGGACUUUCUGGGUCGAAGGGCAAGGGCAAGCUGGCUGUGGCCAAUGCAUCUGCUGGUGUGGAGACUGCGUCCUCCACAUCUCCCGUCGACUCUGCUUCUUUCGAAGAUUCCGAUAACGACACACCUGCAACUAGCCUCUCUACGACACCUGCUGUGUCAGUCCGCGGCAAGGCCCGACCAACUCGUCUGGUUCCCAACGUUGCUGGAAAGCGCAAGCGCUCUCGCCUUGCUAUUGUAGACACGGAUGAUGAUGAAGCGGAGUCCGUGGACAUGUCUGCGGAUGCUCAGCUAGCCAGGGCGCUGCAAGAAGAGGAAUACAAUGCCGCCAAUGCGACUGCGUCUAGCUCAAAGCGCAUCAAGUCAGGCUACAAUGCGUACACUUCGACCGGAAAACCUGAGGUCUCCGACGACGAUGAGCUCUUAGAGAUGGACUUAGACUUUCUCGAUCCACCCAAGGCCAGUGGAAGUGCGCUGGCGUCAAAGACCAAAGGCAAGGCGAAGGCAUCUGUGCGACAAUCCCGUCCAUCGCGCAUGGCUAGCUCCAGCGCCCGCAAGUCCCUUGCUCUUCCAAGCGACCUCGAGUCCAUUGCCGAUUCAGACGAUGAAUUCAAUCUGGAGGAUGAGUCGCUUCUCAGCACAGAGCCUGAGAGCGAUGGAGAGGCUCUCGAGACCCCUGCUCCGAAAAAUGAAGUUGAUCCGAACGGUCUAGAAGCUAGGCUUCUCUCAAUCAAGGGCAGGGGCAGGACCAAGUGGAAGCCCAGGAGAGCGAAGAAGGAUAGGGCCGCAAAUGCUCAACGAAUGUCACGAUUCGCGCACAUCGAGGAUCGCUGGGAGAGAAAGCGGGCUAUGAAUCGAGAUAGGCUCGAAGAGGCACAUCCAAAGCUCACCACCAUGUGGAAAGACUUAGAAGCAAUUCCCGUUCUGGAGACCAUGCAAGCGGAACAACCAGCUGAUAUCAAUCGGACGCUGAAGUCCUUCCAACUCGAAGGCCUUAGCUGGAUGAUUCGACAGGAGAAAACCCACUAUAAAGGAGGUCUUCUUGGUGACGAGAUGGGCAUGGGCAAGACGAUCCAGGCUGUCUCGCUCAUCAUGUCGGACUACCCUGCCAAGUCACCAACUUUAGUAGUUGUUCCUCCAGUUGCUCUUAUGCAGUGGUCCAACGAAAUCAGCGCGUACACAAAUGGGAAGCUCAAUGUCUUGGUCUAUCACGGCACCAACGCCAAAUCCAAGAAAGCCACCGCCAAACAGCUGAUGAAAUACGAUGUCAUCAUGGUUUCUUACAACAGUCUAGAGUCCCUCUAUCGCAAGGAAACCAAGGGCUGGGCUCGCGGUGAGGACAUUAUCAAAGAGUCUUCGCCUCUCCAUGCGAUCACUUAUCACCGUCUCAUACUGGACGAGGCUCACAGCAUCAAGCAGCGGACCACUGGUGUGGCCAAAGCUUGCUUCGCUCUAAAGGCUACCUAUAAGUGGUGCCUUUCUGGUACUCCAGUCCAGAACCGUAUCGGAGAAUUCUUCUCGCUGCUUCGAUUCCUCGAGGUUCGACCUUUCGCCGACUACUUUUGUCGAUCCUGCGACUGCGAGCAACUUCACUGGAGUCUCGACGAUGACCAUAUGUGUGUUGCUUGCAAUCACGGUGGCUCCGAACAUGUUUCGGUGUUCAACCAGGAAUUGCUUAACCCAAUCACCGGUGACGAUGCAGAGCUUCGCGAUGAAGCUAUGGACAAGCUCCACCUCAUUACUUCUCGCAUCAUGUUGCGCCGCAUGAAGAACGACAAUACCUCUUCGAUGGAGCUUCCACCAAAGGAGGUCGUCAUCCAUAACGAGUUCUUCUGCGACAUUGAGCGCGACUUUUCCUCGUCCAUUAUGACAAACUCCGCGCGCAAGUUCGAUACCUACGUCUCUCAGGGUGUCAUGCUCAACAACUACGCCAAUAUCUUUGGUCUCAUCAUGCAGAUGCGUCAAGUCGCCAACCAUCCGGACCUACUUCUCAAGAAGCAUGCUAUUGGCGGUCAGAAUGUUCUCAUCUGCAACAUCUGCGACGAACCAGCGGAGGAGGCCAUCAAAUCUCGCUGCAACCACGAAUUCUGCCGCUCUUGCGUCAAGAGCUACGUCCAGUCUUGCGAAGGCGAAGGCGCUGUCGCCGACUGCCCGCGCUGCCACAUUCCGCUUACCAUCGACUUUGAUCAACCGGAUAUUGAGCAGGACGAAGAGUCGGUAAAGAAAACCUCCAUCAUCAACCGUAUCAAGAUGGAGAACUGGACCUCGUCGACCAAGAUUGAGAUGCUUGUAUACGACUUGUACAAGCUGCGCAGCAAGAAGCAGACACUCAAGUCAAUCGUCUUCAGCCAGUUUACGUCUAUGCUACAGCUGAUCGAGUGGCGUCUCCGACGCGCGGGCUUCAACACGGUCAUGUUAGACGGAAGCAUGACUCCCGCUCAGCGUCAGAAGAGCAUCGAGUACUUCAUGAACAACGCCGAAGUGGAGGUCUUCCUCGUUUCGCUGAAGGCUGGCGGCGUGGCGCUGAAUCUGACCGAGGCGUCAAGGGUGUUUAUCGUUGAUCCGUGGUGGAACCCAGCCGCCGAAUGGCAAUCCGCCGACCGCUGCCACCGUAUCGGCCAAAAGCGUCCCUGCGUCAUCACCCGCCUCUGCAUCGAAGACAGCGUCGAGAGCCGCAUGGUCCUGCUGCAGGAGAAGAAGGCGGCCAUGAUUAGCGGCACUAUCAACAACGAUAAGGUCGCUAUGGAUAAGUUGAGUCCGGAAGAUCUGCAGUUCUUGUUCCGCGGUACUUAGACGAGCUAUGAAGAAGUAUGCGUCGCUGUCGAUUGUCGCAACGCAAACGGAGCUUAUCGAAAAACGGCUUUUUACGGAUUAUGCCGCUGCUUACACCAAUCUUCCUACGAACCAGCGGGGUUCUGGUAGAGCGGAGGAUGCAGAUGAGUGGGUGAGGCAGACGAUGGCUACGGCGAUGCAUGCAUAUCAUAUGCAAAACACUUUCGUUUAUGAUUUUACGAGCUACACAUACAUACGGCGGAUUUUCCUUUUCCUUUUUCUAUGGCAUCUCUGUGGGAGGCUUUCUGGCUCUAGGAUGGCGGAUGGCUGCUUUUAGGCGCUGCAACACCCGCUUCGAGCACUACGAGAGCGCGCGCGAGAGAGAGAUAGAGAUACGAAGGAUGUGCAUAUGCAGACACACAGACAAAAUCGAAAUGAAUAUAUCUACUAAG